AAAUGAAUGUUUUCACCACUUCUCUUACCUGAAGGUUGCAGUGCGAUCAUGCCUAAUCAAAAUUUAUAGAUAGGAAUUUACCGAGCAAGUAUGAUUAGAAAAUUCUAAGGCUGUCAAGCAAGAAAUUGAAUUAGUUCCUAUAAUAAUCAAUUACACCUGCAUUAAUGUUGAUUCACUUGAACUGAUGACAUAUAUAGGCAAUAUUAUCACCUACAUCAUACAAAUAACAUCUUUAAUACCACUUAGCUAUAGGGACGUGAGACAUUAAAAUGCUGAAUUAGAAACUUGAUUGAAGCAAGUGCCCCACUUCCAGUCAGAUGAUUUGACACGUGACCAUUUUAUUACCAAAAAAAAGCUGCAAAAGCUUUUUUAAGUCAUACUGAGGAAAUAAAAAUAAAAUGUAACUAGCAUUGCUUCAUGAUAAGUGUUGGCGGCAGUAUCAAAAAUGGCCUUAAAUGCUCCUAAUUCGGCAGAUUUGGGUAAUGCAAUCUUUAUUGAUGAUCCCAGCAUCAAUACUGUUGAAAAUUACACCAUCUUCGCUCAAUCCUUAUCCCCGUUUGAAAUUGGCGAACGAUUGAAAUCAUUAGAAUUCAAUCAAAUGAUACAUGUUUUAGUUCAAUGCAAACCGCUAAGAAGGUUAAUGCCAAUUUUGAUCGAUGUUGUAUUCGGUCCCCGAAUUUAUUUAAUUUUAGAAAACAAAGAACUGAAAAUUCUCAGUAAAGCUUUCAAAAGCGUAAAAAUAUUCAAAGAAUUUCUUUCUAUAGGCAUUAAUCAUAAAGAACUUCAAAUAAUAAUAGGGAAAGAAUGGGAUGAAUUUGAUGAAUUUGUUAAUGAAGCCUCUACCACAUUGCAAGCCUCAUUCAUUAACAUAUUCCUAGAUAUACAUGAUAUAUUCAUUUCAAAUAGUGUUAGUGCUUUAAAAUUAAUGAAUUUACAUUCCCUAACAUUAAGAAGCAUUAGGCUUAAGUCAAACUCUGUUUUAAACUGGGAAAAUCAUCAGUAUCUUAAAAUUAUUAUGAUAAGUGAUAUUUUAAUGAUUAGGGGAAAAAAUUUACAUCGUUUUCCGAAAGAUAUUACUCAUGUACAUAUUGGUAUGAAAAAUCAGCAUGUUACUAAUUGGUGUUUUAAUUUCCCAUACGACGAAUUUAAGGCAUUUAAUAAACUACAAUUUUUGGUAAUUGAAAAUACAAACGUCCACACCAAUAAUUUCUAUGGGUUUAUAGUCUGUACCCCAAAUUUAAAGAUGCUUGUGGUAAAUUUUACACUCAUCGAUUCAUUGGAAGUGUGCUACUUGCCAUUACAUUUAAUUAAUAUGGACCUAUCAAAUAAUCCAUUUAUGAAGACUGUAUCAUUCACGUUCAAAACGGGAUGGCCUGAAGGUUUAGAAUCCAUAAUAUUAGAAAAUUGUAAUAUUGACAACAGAGGAUUUAUAAUUUUAACAUUGCACGAAUGGCCACAGGAACUAAAGAGGUUAAAUUUAAGUGGAAACAUUGAAAUUGAUAUGUGGGAUCAAUUAACUAAUUUACCUCCUGGUAUUGAAAGUUUAAGUAUAGGUCAUAAUUCUUUAAAAAAAGACUUCUUAACUACAAGAUAUCCAUCAAUUCCACGUGAAGUUAAAGGAUUUUUGAAAAACGUACCUGACAAGAUAGUCGAGAUAAUGUUAGGAAAUUAUAGGUUUACGGAUGACUACAUCCAUUUUCCACCAUCGCUAGUCACCGUAUCUCUAACUAAUGUGGUGCAUUUGGAGAGAUUGAGAUUUCUGAAUGUAUCUGAAAAUUUAAAUUCAGUUACGUUAACGAAUAGUAAUAUUACCAACUUAAAUUUAUCAAGAUUCCCCAUUUCACAUCUUGAUCUCAGUCACAAUAAGAUUACAACUCUUGCAGAUGUCAAAACACCUACUACCCUCUAUGAGUUGUAUUUGGAUGAUAACCUAAUCAAAAACUUUAAUAAUGUUCAUCGUUUCAUACCCUAUAAAGGAAUUAUUUCAGAUCGGUUAAAGACACUAUCAUUAAGGAACAACUUGUUAUUUAAGUUAGAAAGAAACAUUCAACUACCAUCAAGUUUGAUCAAUUUUUACUUAGACCGUAAUCAUUUCCAAAUCCUAUUGAUACCCAGAACGAUUGCAUUCCAUCAACACUUACAAGAAUUCACCUUCAAGAAUAACAAAAUCAGUUUGUUCGGCUUCCAAGAAAAUGGUUCAAGAGGAAAUGCAAGUAAAUUAGAACUAUUUGACUUAACAGGAAAUGCAUUAAUAUUGGUAUAUGAUACUAAUGAUGUGGAUCUUAUAAGAACCAGAAUUGAAGUUGGAUUUGGUAGAAAAGUCAAGAAUUCUGAUCCUGAUCUUAAUAAUAAGCUUUCAUUUGUUUAACCCUUGUAUUGUUGAUGAUGACUAACUAUAUAUAUAUAGUAUAUUAAUUUUUUUUAUAUACAUACAUGCAAUAUAUAGAUUAAAAAAGCUAUAACUAAACUUUAAAAAAUAGUAGUAAAUAAAAAGAUUAAACACCAGUUGAAUAAUAAUAAUAAGUAUAGUAAAUAAUAAAAAAAAGAACAACUUAAAAACAACUUAAAACACAU